CGGAGGCAGUAUGCUGGGUGACGUCAACAUCUCCGCAAUAUUGGACUCGUUCUCCGUCAGUUACGAUAAAAGAGUAAGGCCGAACUACGGAGGUCCUCCUGUCGAGGUGGGCGUCACCAUGUACGUCUUGAGUAUCAGCUCGCUAUCCGAAGUGAAAAUGGACUUUACGCUGGAUUUUUACUUUCGACAAUUCUGGACGGACCCGAGGCUCGCGUUCAAGAAACGGCCGAGCGUCGAAACGCUGAGCGUCGGCUCGGAGUUUAUCAAGAACAUCUGGGUGCCCGACACCUUCUUCGUCAACGAGAAGCAGUCAUACUUUCACAUCGCUACCACCAGCAACGAGUUCAUUCGUAUUCAUCACUCAGGAAGCAUCACGCGUAGUAUACGUUUAACGAUCACAGCAUCGUGUCCAAUGAAUCUGCAAUACUUUCCGAUGGACCGACAGCUCUGCAAUAUCGAGAUCGAGAGCUGUAAGUACGCACGUGCGCGUCUAUAAAUGCAUACAUACGAACAAGAGACAAUCUGAGAAAAUUUGACAUCCUCGCCUCUGUCCACAGUCACACAGACACACUACAUUACGUACAUAGAAACAUACGAUCCGUUAUUCGUCAUUGUGCAUCAACAAUGCCGAUUUUGGAAACGGUAAUCGAUUUUUAAGAUCGGACAAAACACCGAUAAUUUUGUCAAAAAAAUUCUGCCAAAUUUCAUUCACACUACAAAUGUUCCGACGGAGAUUUUACGAACAUUUGGAAGGAUGAGUCUAAAAGUCGACACUCUACAGAAUAUUUUCUUUUAAUAGGCACAUUUUAAUAAAUAAUUAAGAUUUGUAAUGCAAGAAUUUUUUAAUUUAAAUGUUUUGCAAGAAAGUAUCGUGAUUGAUUACGAUAAACCUCUGCUUCAUUCCCGUGAUUCCAAAUUUUUUUCAACUUCCGUUUUAAAUAACGGUAAACAUACGAUAUUAUUUUACAAGUAAUAAGUCUCAAUUUCAAAUUAUAUAAAUAAUAC